GCUCCCAAUCUCGCGCUCCGGGCACGUUGGGCCUGAGGGAUGGAGGACGAUUUGGAGCUGGAUGAGGAGAUCUGCAAGGGGGUAGUAAAGAUGGGUAGACGUGCUCAUCAAGAUUUCUUUCCAGAAGAAAACCACACUAGCCAGACGAACUCUCCGGCUGCACAGCGUCCAUCAUCUAAACCACAUAUACGUGAAGGAGUGUGGUCUGGCUUUGUUGGUGUAAAUAAGUCAAAAAAGAAACCUGCAGAACAAGAAGUUGAAGAUCAUCGUCUAAGACAACAGAGCAUAGAGGCAGGUAAUGGAGAAGAUAUACCAGUGAUCCCUGACUUGGAGGAAGUACAAGAGGAGGACUUCGCCAUGCAAGUGGCAGCCCCCCCUAGUGUUCAGGUGAAUAGAGUGCUGACCUACCAUGACUUGGACAAUGAUCUCAUGAAGUACGCUGCAUUCCAAACCUUGGAUGGAGAGAUUGAUCUCAAAUUGCUCAGUAAAGUCUUAGCACCAGAACAAGAAGUACGAGAGGAUGAUGUCAUCUGGGACUGGAACCAUCUAUACACAGAGGUUGCCUCUGAACUUCUAAGCGAAUGGGACUCUGGGCAAUCAGAAAAAGAAGAGAACCUUAUGAACAAGAAUGUUUAAAUUUUGAUAGAUUGCAUAAAAGCACAGUUGUAGAGACAUUCCUUUUUAGUAUGAUUUUUAUUUGGGAAAUUAUUUUUGCCUACACAAUAUAACAGUAGCUAUUUCAGAAAUGUAUCUAACAAAAUUCAAAAGGAGUUUUGUAUUGAUAUUCAAGUUAAUUGGUUAUAUUUUUUUAAUUUACUGGGCAAUAAUUUUCAAUUCUCUUCAGUAGGUAAUAUUUUUCCAAGUACUUACAUGCCUAUUUUAAGAUAUAUUUUUUCUUAGAUACAUGUAUGCCUCAUUGUAAAAUGUUAUGCUUUAUCCUCAGAGCUAUUAUAGUUGAACAAGUCUGGAAUAUUAAAUUGAUUUAUUACCUUUCCUCA